ACACACAUCGACACACUACACCGACACAAAUACACGCGCAUACGCAGUAGUUGCGUUCCGUACGAAAUAACACGCGCAUACGUACGUACAAUAUCGGUACGUAAAUAUUGUAUUAAUAAAAAAAAAAAGGAAUUUUCGUUCGCUUUCCGUGUUCCGAGAACGAAUUUUCCGUCUCCGCGCUCUUCCCGUGCGCGUGCCGCCCGCCGUCAGUCCGCGUACACCGAUCAGUGUUCAGUAGUGUCGUCCGUGUCCGUCGCGCGUGUACAGUUGUGUGUAGUACCCGUCCACCGUACCGCCCUGCAGUAUUUUCCAUCGCAUCGGGCUGUCCGCGUCCAUUAUAGGUUAAAUUAAUCGGUUGGUCAAGUUAAAUAUCAAAUGUCUGGAGAUAAAGAAGAUUCGGUUCAGAGAGCCAAGCUGGCCGAACAGGCUGAACGGUACGACGACAUGGCUAGCUCAAUGAAAUCUGUUACCGAAACUGGCGUGGAACUAUCUAAUGAAGAGCGCAACUUGCUCUCUGUGGCUUAUAAAAAUGUUGUGGGUGCUCGGCGAUCUUCAUGGCGAGUAAUUUCUUCAAUUGAGCAAAAAACAGAAGGUUCUGAGAAAAAACAACAAAUGGCAAGAGAAUAUCGUGAGAAAGUUGAAAAGGAACUUAGAGACAUCUGCUAUGACGUAUUGAACCUUUUGGAUAAAUACCUAAUUCCCAAAGCGAGUAACGCUGAAAGCAAAGUCUUCUACCUUAAAAUGAAGGGUGAUUAUUACAGGUACCUGGCGGAAGUAGCAACUGGUGAAACUAGAAAUGCUGUGGUUGAUGAUUCUCAACUAGCAUACCAGGAUGCAUUCGAGAUCAGUAAAGCAAAAAUGCAACCAACACAUCCAAUUCGAUUGGGUCUGGCGUUAAAUUUCUCAGUGUUUUUCUAUGAGAUACUAAACUCACCAGACAAAGCUUGCCAAUUGGCAAAACAGGCUUUUGAUGAUGCAAUUGCUGAGCUUGAUACAUUGAAUGAGGAUAGCUACAAGGAUUCAACGCUCAUUAUGCAAUUGUUGCGCGACAAUUUGACGUUAUGGACGUCUGACACACAGGACAACGAUGAGCCCCAGGAAGCCACUGGAGACAACUAACUCUUUUACUAAAAAUAUUAAAUAAAAAUAAAAAAUAAAAAAAAACUAUAUAAUAAUUUUUAAUAAAGCAAAACAAACAUUUACACAUUUCCGCGAGAAACUGCGCCCCUUCAUCUUCCACCCUCCCACAAAUGCGCUCUCACGACACGCUCUUUGUUUACUGUUUCUUUUUUUUUUAUACUUGUUCUCUAAAUACAAGAAAACAUGAAUAAGAAUAAAUAAACACAAUUUUUUUCUUUA